AUCUUCUGGAAUCCGGCAAGGUCAAAGUUGAUUGCUGCGACCAACAAGGUCGCACGGCCUUGGAGAUGGCGGUUACCGGAAAUGACGUAGAGAGCGUCAGUUAUCUGCUGGCAAGAUCAUCUGCUCGACACAUCCACAAAGCUUUGUUGGCGGCAGCGGACAAUGACAUGGAGCGGAUCUGCGAAUUGAUCCUUGACCAUCCGUUGUACCGGGAGAGUGUCAGAAGGCAGAGCAUGAAGCAGGCUGCAGACAUGGCUGGAAGGCAGGGGAUCGAGUGCACAGAUGAAGUCAACGCUCGCUUCUCCCAUGCCAACUUGAGUAAACUUCUACUAGAGGUGCUCCUCCGUGCAGCUAAACGCAACAACUUCCAGAUUGUCAAGAAGAUCAUGAUGUGUGGUGUUUUCUUGGAGGAGCCCCAUGAUUACUUCUGCGCCUGCGCCGAGUGUACCGAGUGGAGACGAGAAGACUUUAAG